AUGGAAGAAAGAGUAUUCUUUGAUGAGAUGAUAGAAGAGUCAGAUGAUACAGAGGAAUUUCAAGGAAUGUAUCAAGAUGAAAUUGAGCAGGAAGCUGUGAAUUCUGAGGAUUUAGGGGAGCAAGAAUUUCAAGCAAUAUUUGAUGGGAAUGAUUUUUUACAUGAGGUGGAUGAAUUAUAUCGAAUAGAAGAUAUUGAAAAUAUUGCCAUGGUUGAUUUUCUGAACAUAGGUGCUCAUGAGAUGGAAUGUUUUCAUUUUCCUAAUCUUCAGAUAGCAUUUGAUUUCUAUAACCAUUAUACAAAAUCUGUUGGUUUUGGUGCUAGAAAAAUUCGUUUUGUGGCUUACACUGGAAGAUGGCAUGUGGCUUUGUUUGUUGAAUCGUACAAUCAUGAUUGCCUUGAUCCUAGGUUAGUUGGUUUUCUUCCUACACAUAAAAAAAUGGCAAAAGCUGAUGCUAGUCAAAUGAACAACAUGAAGGAUGCAGGCAUUAGCACACCCCAUAUAUAUGCUAUGUUAGCUAAUCAAGCAGGUGGUUAUGAAAAUAAAUCUGAAGAUACAAACCUCUAUUAUGAGCACAUAGUUGAUGCUAAAAGGGUAUUGCGAGCUUUAUUUUGGUGUGAUGGAAGAAGCCAAUUAGAUUAUGAAGUAUUUGGAGAUGUGCUUGCCUUUGAUGCGACAUACAAGAAGAACAAGUACUUGUGUCCGGUAGUAGUAUUUUCCGGUGUGAAUCAUCACAACCAAAUAGUGGUAUUUGGAAGUGCUCUAGUUACCGAUGAGAGUAAGGAGGUCUACGUGUGGUUAUUACAACAAUUAUUGGCAGCCAUGAAGGGAAAAGCACCUGUAUCUGUGAUUACAGAUGGUGCUCCAUCAAUGAGGUUUGUAAUUGAGACGGUAUUCCCAAAUGCCCAUCAUAGAUUAUGUGCUUGGCACCUCAUUCGGAACGCCACAAGUAAUGUUGGAAACCCAAAAUUUACAUCUAUGUUUAAGAAGUGCAUGCUAGGAGAUUAUGAAAUUAGUGUGUUUGAGCAGAAGUUGUUUGGAAUGGUUGAGGAGUUUGGUGUAGUUAAAAAGAAUUGGAUUAUUGACAUGUACGAGAAAAGGCAUAUGUGGGCCACUGCACAUAUUCGAGGCAAGUUUUUUGCAGGAUUUAGGACAACUUCUCGAUGUGAAGAUAUAAGGAGGUUGAAGCUGACUAUGUUUCCAUAUCUGGUCUUCCAGUACUUAAAACAGCAUUAG